UUACAUGCAGGAGACCGAAAACGUGGGGAAACCAAAUGAAUUAUCAAUGGAAAGAGUCCAAUGUACGGAGAGGAACCAUCAAAGAAGAACCAUCAAAGCUAAAUGGAAGAAAAUAAAUAAUGCACUUUGUCUUCCUGAAGGCAAUCGCCAUGAGGGGCUAAUUCAAGAAAAGGUGGACAAAACGAAGAACAAGUGUUCUUUGUGUGGGAAAAGCUUCAAACGCAACUCAAGUCUAAAAGCUCAUUUAAAAGCCCACACAGGGGAGAAGCCAUUCCAAUGCUCAGAGUGUGGGAAGCGUUUCAGCCGGAGUGCCAACCUUGGUUCUCAUAUGAGAAUUCACACCGUUGAAAAACUGUUUAAAUGUUUGGAGUGUGGGAAGUGUUUUAGCCAGAGCGCAAACCUUGUUUCGCAUCAGAGAAUCCACUCAGGAGAAAAACCGUUUAGAUGCUUGGAAUGUGGGAAGAGCUUCCGAUGGAGCAAAGCUCUUUCUGCCCACCAAAGCUGUCACCCAGAGGUGAAACGGUAUAAACGUUCAGCAAGGAGGUUCCCUGUGGCGCGAGAGCUUCCUUCGCAUCAAUCGACUCGCACAGGGAGAAAGCCGUUUAAAUGUCUGGUAUGUGGAAAGGCCUUCAGCCAGAGCAUACACCUCACUUCGCAUCAGAGAGUCCACACAGGAGAGAAACCGUUCCAGUGUUUGGAGUGUGGAAAGAGCUUCAGUCAGAGCACACACCUCACUUGCCAUCAGAGAAUCCACACCGGGGAGAAACCCUUCAAAUGCGCCGACUGCGGGAAGGACUUCAGAUGGAAUAAAGACCUGGCCUCCCACCAGCGCCUUCACACGGGGGAGAAACCAUUUCAGUGCUUGGAGUGUGGAAAGAGUUUCCACACCAGAGGCGAGCUGUCAACUCAUCAAAUCAUCCACACCGGGGAAAAACCAUUUAAGUGUUUGGAGUGUGGAAGCAGCUUUCGGUGGAGAAGCAACCUGACGUCCCACAUGAGGAUGCAUGCUGGGGAGAAACCAUUCCGGUGUCUGGAGUGUGGGAAGAGCUUCUGCCACAGAGUCAACUUGAAUACCCAUCGGACGAUUCACACUGGGGAUAAGCCAUUUGAAUGCUCGGACUGUGGAAAGCGUUUCUGUCAUAGAGUAAGCCUGAAUUCUCAUCAAAGAAUCCAUACGGGGGAGAAACCUUUUAAGUGCUUGGAAUGUGGAAAGAGCUUUAGUCGGAAGGCAAGCCUCUGCUCCCACCAAAGAAUCCACACAGGGGAGAAACCUUUUAAAUGCUUGGUCUGUGGGAAGCAUUUCAGUCAGAGCACCAACCUGGCUUCCCAUCAGAGGAUUCACACCGGCGAGAAACCGUUUAGAUGUCUAGACUGUGGCAAGAGUUUCUGUUACCGAGAUAGUCUUAAAUCCCAUCAAAGAACUCACACUGGGGAUAAGCCGUUUAAGUGCUUAGAUUGUAGAAAGAGUUUCUCAUGGAGGUCAAAUCUCACUUCUCACCAAAGGACGCACAGACGGGUGGAAAAACUCUUUAAAUGCUUGGAGUGCGGAAAGAGUUUUAGCCACAAAAGCACCCUCGUGACCCAUCAGCGGAUGCACACGGGGGAGAAACCCUUUAAAUGCCUGGAAUGCGGGAAGAGCUACAGUCGGAGCACCCACCUUGUUUCCCACGUGAGGAUCCACACUGGGGAGAAGCCGUUCAAGUGUUCGAAAUGCGAAAGCAGUUUCCGGGACAGUGCCAGCCUGAUUUCUCACAUGAGGAUCCAUACAGGGGAGAAACCCUUCAAAUGCCUGGAGUGUGGGAAGAGCUUCAGCCAUAGCACUAACCUGACCUCCCACCAGAGGAUCCACACGGGGGACAAACCGUUCAAGUGCUCCGAGUGCGGAAGGAGCUUCAGCGACCGGAGCACUCUGAGCGCCCACCAGAGGAUCCACACCGGGGAGAAGCCGUUCAAAUGCUCCGAGUGCGGGAAGAGCUUCCGUCAGAGCACCAGCCUGACUUCCCACAUGAGGACCCACACGGGCCAGAAACCAUUUACAUGCCUAGAAUGCGGGAAGAGCUUCAGCCAGAGGACCCAUCUUGCGUCCCACGUGCGAAUCCACACAGGGCAGAAGCCGUUCGAGUGCUGGGAGUGCGGGAAGAGCUUCCGCCAGAGCCAGAGCCUCAGCGCUCACCUGAAGAUCCACACGGGGGAGAAACCCUUCAAAUGCUUGGAGUGUGGGAAGAACUUCAGGCGCCGGGCAGCCCUCGCUUGCCACCAGAGAGUUCACGUGGCAGAGAAGUCCUUUAAGUGCUCCGAGUGCGGGACGAGCUUUAGUAAGAGAGCGCACCUCGAUUUCCACCAGACGAUCCACACUGGAGAGAUACUGUUUAAAUGCUUGGAUGGCGAAAAGAGUUUCACGGACACCACACAGCUUCCUUCCUACCAAGGAAUCCACAGAGAUGCUGAAGGAUCCAUGCCUGGAGAUUUCAUGACGAUUCCUCCCAGUCAAGAACAUUCCUAGCUCUUUGAGACAAAUAAAUGUAGAUUGCAAACCAGCCAUUUAUUUCACUCUGCAUGUCUGUAGGAUAGUGGGUUGUUUUUUUUUUCUGUUUGUUUUCUUUUCCUUUUUUGGAAACUGGGAUCCUGAAGGGAAGAGAUACCAAUCCAGCACUGGAUUUUUCUCCUGUCUCCCCGAUCUGCCUGUAGUUAGCUGGUCCUGCAGCAUAAAUCUCUUCGGGAUUUGGUUUUUUUUUUUUAAUGAAAGGCUUAAUAUGAGGUUGGUGGGAGAGGAAAACAAAUGUCGGAAUAUUUAAGAGAGUUGAGGGUACAAAACGUCUGCCUGUGUCUGCUCGUGUCGAUAGAUAGAGAAAUGUUGCUGUUGAACGCGAAGAGAAAUGGAACGGUCUCCACUGUCACCGUGAUUUUUGUUCCCCUCAGUUAAGAGACCGUCUUCCUGGUGUAAUUCAUGUGCUUUCGGAGUUUCUUCGUUUUCCUCAGUCCAUCCUUUGCUGUCUUUACAAUUUUCUCAAUAAAUUCUCUUUGCGUGGAUUGGCCGUGUC